UUAAACAACGACUUUUUCUCGCCAAAAUCCUCUCUCCUCUUAACGGUGCCUUCUCUUUGCGUUCUUCCUUUCUCCUUUCCCUAACCUUUCGUUUCAUAAUUCAUCCAUGCCCCCUCUUUUUUCAUUUUUUGUAUCCUCUCUCUUUCUUUCUCAAUUACAAAUCUCAAAAGCCUGAAAAGUUAGAGAGAACCAAGUCACUGCAGGCAUGGCAAUAAUGCACCUCUCUUUUCAUGUAUGUUCCUCUCUAUCUUCAUCUUCGGCCUCUUAGCUCUCCACUCAUCAUCACGCCCAGAGAUCGCAGCGAACUACUCAGGAAUUUGCAUUCACUGCGUGCUUUCUGGUGAAGAGAGCAUUUAAGAAAGAAUUUCAGCAAUGUCUAGCUCAACAAAAGUUUUAGAUCCUGCCUUCCAGGGAGUGGGUCUAAAAUCAGGAAUUGAAAUAUGGAGAAUUGAGAAUUUUCAGCCAGUUCCUUUGCCCAAAUCUGAACAUGGGAAAUUCUACAUGGGUGAUUCAUAUGUCAUAUUGCAGACAACACAAGCAAAAGGAGGUACUUACUUUUAUGAUAUACACUUCUGGAUUGGAAAGGACACAAGUCAGGAUGAGGCUGGAACAGCAGCCAUCAAAACUGUUGAACUUGAUGCUGCUCUUGGAGGACGUGCAGUGCAGCACAGGGAACUCCAGGGCCAUGAAUCUGACAAGUUCUUGUCAUACUUCAGACCAUGCAUGAUACCAUUAGAGGGGGGUGUUGCAUCUGGAUUUAGAAAACCUGAACAAGAAGAGUUUGAAACACGAUUGUACAUAUGCAAGGGAAAGCGAGUUGUUAGGAUGAAACAGGUACCUUUUGCACGGUCAUCGCUGAAUCAUGAUGAUGUUUUUAUCCUAGACACUGAGAGUAAAAUUUAUCAGUUCAAUGGUGCAAAUUCCAAUAUUCAAGAAAGAGCUAAGGCUUUGGAAGUAAUUCAGUUUCUGAAGGAAAAUUAUCAUGAAGGGAAAUGUGACGUUGCAAUUGUUGAUGAUGGCAGGUUGGACACUGAGUCAGAUUCAGGUGAAUUUUGGGUCCUCUUUGGUGGUUUUGCUCCCAUUGGAAAGAAGGUCGUCUGUGAGGAUGAUAUCAUUCCAGAGGCCACUUCAGCUCAACUUUACAACAUUGUUGAUGGUGAGGUCAAGCCUGUAGAAGGCGAAUUGUCUAAAUCACUAUUGGAGAACAACAACUGCUAUAUACUGGACUGUGGGGCUGAGGUAUUUCUUUGGGUUGGCCGGGUAACACAAGUUGAAGAAAGAAAAUCAGCCUGUCAAGCAGUUGAGGAGUUUGUUGCGAGUCACAAUAGGCCAAAAUCUACAAAGAUAACCAGAGUAAUUCAAGGUUUUGAGACACACUCGUUUAAAUCCAACUUUGAUUCUUGGCCAACAGGAGCUGCUACUACUGGUGCUGAGGAAGGAAGAGGAAAAGUCGCGGCUUUACUGAAGCAGCAAGGUAUGGGCAUCAAGGGAAUGACAAAAAACACAGCAGUGAAUGAGGAAAUGCCUCAUCUACUUGAAGGUGGUGGAAAGAUGGAGGUAUGGUGGAUUGAUGGAGCUAAUAAGAAUCCAUUACCUAAGGAGGAUAUAGGUAAAUUUUAUAGUGGGGAUUGCUACAUAGUACUGUAUAGUUACCACGCUGGUGAGAGGAAGGAUGACUACUUUUUAUGCUGUUGGUUUGGGAAAGAUAGCGUUGAGGAAGAUCAAAGGAGGGCAACUCAGUUGGCCAACACAAUGUUCAAUUCACUGAAGGGUAGACCUGUUCAGGGUCGCUUAUUUGAAGGUAAAGAGCCACCGCAAUUUGUUGCUCUUUUUCAGCCUAUGGUGGUCCUUAAGGGAGCUUUGAGCUCUUCUUACAAACAAUUAAUAGCUGACAAAGGUUUGGAAGAUGAGACAUAUACAGCAGAGUGUAUUGCACUCCUUCAAGUUUCUGGACCUUCCAGUUAUAACAAUAAAGCAGUGCAAGUUGAUGCAGUGGCAACAUCACUAAAUUCUACUGAGUGUUUCCUCCUGCAAUCUGGCUCAACAAUUUACCUUUGGCAUGGAAGUCAAUCUCCUUUUGAGCAGCAGCAGGUAGCAGCAAAUGUUGCAGAAUUUUUGAAGCCAGGAGUUACUUUAAAACAUGCUAAAGAAGGAACAGAAAGCUCGGCUUUCUGGUCUGCACUAGGAGGAAAACAAAAUUACGUCAGCAAAAAUGUCGCUAAUGAUACUGUCAGAGAUCCACAUUUGUUCACUUUCUCGUUUAAUAAAGGGAAGUUUCAGGUUGAGGAGGUUUACAACUUCUCCCAAGAUGAUCUGUUAACUGAGGAUAUGCUCAUCUUUGAUACACAUGGAGAAGUGUUUGUCUGGGUUGGUCAGUCUGUAAGCUCAAGAGAGAGGCAAAAUGCUUUUGAAAUUGGCCAGAAAUACAUAGAUUUGGCUGCAUCUUUGGAGGGACUGUCUCCUCAGGUGCCACUGUAUAAGGUUACAGAAGGGAACGAACCUUGCUUCUUCACAGCAUACUUUUCAUGGGAUCAUGUGAAAGCCACUGUUCAAGGAAACUCGUUCCAGAAAAAGGUGACCUUACUAUAUGGGGUUGGCCAUGCUGUGGAGGAAAAGUCUGAUGGAUCUGGUCCGAGACAAAGAGCAGAGGCUUUAGCUGCCUUAAAUUCUGCUUUCAAUUCAUCUUCCGAGAAAACAUCCGCUACGUCACAGGAUAGGUUGAAUGAAUUGAAUCAUGGAGGACCAAGACAAAGAGCAGAAGCUUUAGCGGCCUUAAAUUCUGCUUUUAGUUCAUCAUCAGGUUCUAAAGCUGUCGCCCCUAAACAUUCUGCAAUAAGUCAAGGAUCACAAAGAGCAGCUGCAGUAGCUGCUCUUUCAUCGGUUCUGACUGCUGAAGUGAAGCAAUCUCCUGAUUCUACACCACUUGGAAGUCCUCUUGCAGGAAACAUCAACCCUGAAGGUAAGGGUGAAAGUGCCCGAGCUGAAACAGGACGCCUUGAAGAAGUCGAAGAUGCCGAGGAGACAGAGGAACUUGCACAUGAAACUGGCGGUGAUGGGGAUUCGGAACCAAAGCAAGAAAAUUUGGACGAUGAUGUUGUGAGUCCAAGUAGUCGUGUGACAUACAGUUAUGAUCAAUUAAAGACUCUUUCUGAUACUCCCGUGUCUGGAAUUGACUUUAAACGGAGAGAGGCCUAUCUGUCAGAUGAUGAUUUCCUAUCUGUAUUUGGAAUGACAAAAGAAGCAUUUUAUCAAAUGCCAAAAUGGAAACAAGACAUGCAGAAAAAGAAGAUGGGUUUGUUUUAGACUUAUGAUGUACCUGCUGCUUUUGCAUCUUCAAAUCCACUUAUCUGUUGGAUUUUUAUCGGCACAUCAUACUUGGGGUUGCCGCACAUAAAUUUUGCUGUUGGCUUUUAAGGUGGUGGUUUUGUGGCCGGUCUCGUAAUUACUUGUGAUGCGGCUUAGAGAGUGAUUUUAAUUUCUCCUUUUACAUUACUGCUUCCUCUCGGUAGUAAUGCUCACGCAUUGUAGCAGCGAUGUUAGUGGGCAGUGCCAAUUCUCUCAUUUGCUUUGUUCCGUUUUAUAGCUCUUGACCUCUUUCAUGUUGUCAUUGAUUAGGUUCGCGGAUGUAUAUGUAUUGCAUUUUAUAUAAUCUCAAUGGAGAGAAUGAAACUUUGUUACAUUUUUUUAAUCAAGGCCUCAUUUGGUUCA